UUUGAUUUCGAUUUCAACCGCAAAGCUUCCACCGUUCGCCAUUGCUUCGCUUCAUUCAUCAUUUGGACGUAAAAGGUACCACUACCAGUAACAACAACAGCGACACAACACCACAAGAUAAGAUGAACGAAUCCAUGGUGGCCAGAGAAAUCACUGUCGAUAGGAGGAGGCUGUCGACCACGAAUAUUGGCGGGAGUAGAGUUGCCGAUCUGUAUAGUGGCGGUCAUCAUCAUCCUAGUAGGAGGGCCAGCACCAUGAACAUGGAACAACGACACGAUCCGUACGAAGGUGCUCUUCAGCUCAUGGAGAAUUUCACCAGCAAGCAGCAGCAACAGCAAGGUCACAAGAAUCCCAAUCCCGCUGGCUUUUUGAAGAAAUUGAUCCGCAUUGGUUCCAUGGGCUCGAUGAAUUCGAGAGACAAGGACAAGCGCAACAACAACAAGACAUGGGAAAGUCCCAGUGACAAAAAGAACAAGACCUGGAACCUUGGUGCCCAGUUCCACAAGAAUAAGGGCACUACUAAGGACCCUCUGGCAUUGACCAACAAGAAAUCCUCGUCCAACAAAAAGAAACCCCCUCUUCCACCUUCCUUUGUCUAUGUCAAGGGCAGCAGCAGCCGCAACCUAAAGGAUCCGUUGCAUCAGUUGUCGCAGUCACAGCAACAACUCGAGCACACGCAACACACGGCUACGGGCGCUACGGCCAUGCUCGGUGACAGCUUUAAUACGCUUGGAGUGCAAAGCCGUCGUCAUAGUCACCAGCAGCAGCAGCAACUUGUGGUGGUGGAAACGAGCGAACAAAACUACAAACAAGACAUGCACGACGACGUGCACUAUGUACUCUACGGAGCGGACGGCGAAGAUGACGAAGAAUCCUUUGUUUCGUCCGUUUCCGGUUCCUCCGUGUCCAUUCAAGAGCAGCUCAUGCACCAACGAGUCUUCCAGCCGGCGAAAUCCAAAACACCCUCCGAUGCCGUCCGCAAUCCUCACAACAAAAAUUAUGAAUACUCCCUUCCACCGUUGUCUCCCAGUAAGAACAACAAGCGAUGCCAGUACCAACCACCCACCACACUGGAACAAGGACAUCGUCGUGCAUCCUUUACCACCGUCGGCAACAGCAAGCGUCUCGAAGCGGUAGCCAUUCAGAAUCGGUCCUUGCGAAACGUUCAGGAAUGGCAACCACCCACAAACAACAACAACAACAACGGCGUCAAGAAUCACAGCUAUCUCGAUCGCGAACAUGCAUCACCGCAUGCCAUUGAUGCCCUCGUGCCGAAAAUAACACCGGGUCGUUGCCAGGAUCCCAUCAUGACGGCACCGGAUUCGGCCAUUUCACGACAACCCAAAUCGUGGCCGCGAAACAGUACCGACACUUCCACGUAUGCAUCGUCUCCCACGGUCCUCCUCCAACAGCAACACAAACAACCACCGCGCAUUGCAAAUGCCACCAAAGACCGACAACGACACUUGCAAGAAAUGAAUGAACGGGGGUGUGAUUGGUUUCCGUUGGAGGGACAACAGCAACAACAACAAGAUAGUAGUAGGAACGCCAAGGCCGAUCGACCCGCCGUCGUGUCGACCCAUCAAGUCUCCUCGAUGGUGUCCAGAUUCGAAAACGCUACCUCUGCCACAACGCCAACACAAUCCAACGACGCAAAUACGAAAAAAUCGGAACUGGUUCAAAUCUAUCCGGGCAUGUAUGUUCCAUUACGGAGUGCCCAAGAAACCAAGGUCGCCAUUGCCAAUGACUUUUAUCGAAGCAUUCCCUGCUGGAGCUGUUCCACAUCCAUGUUUUGUAUUCUCGAUGCUGCCUAUGUCAUUUGCCCCACGUGUCGCGUCAUUAGUCCCUUGGAGGAUGGGAGCGAUGGACGUGUCAUGGUACGACGAGGAUUGGGCAUGGGAUUUACCGGCAAAACACUCUGUGAAAUGAAACGAGACAACAAUAACAACAAGUAG